AAAAAUUUUUUGGUUGUAAUUUGUCGUUCAAUUCCAGCCACAAAUUUCAGUCAAGUUGACGAAAAUUUACAGUAACAUUCGCUAUUGUUACACUUGUUACUUUUUUGUUGCUGUAUAGAGAAACCGUUUUCUGUUUGAAAUGUAUUAAUUAGAUCACCAUGUUACUAAUUCAGCAUGUAGAUUUCUGAUUCUGUUAGAAUUUCUUGAUAUAGCGCAUAAGUGCAGACAUCGACUUGAAAAACAAAUUUUGAGAAAAAAAAAACAAAAUGUAAACUCGAAAGCAUAAGUAAGGUUGGACGCGAUAAAAUUGUAUAUUACAUACCUAGGCCAGUUAAAUAAGAAAAGUUUCAAAUCACAUGUUAUUGUUGGCCGAGGCGAAGCUCAUUCGACUCACAAACAGAGGCAAACAUUUUAACUUUCAGCUUAACUAUGUCACGAAGAUUAAAAAUUGAAUCAGGAUUACAAUUUUAUGGAAGAAUCCAACCACGGCCAACUCUUCAGAACUUGGAUAAUGUUCUAUUCCCAAAUGGUUUAUCUAACAAUGAUACUAUAGAAAUUAAUGCAAGUUCAGCAAGUGGAAAUUCUUUAUUAUUAACUCGAUUAAUUGCGCAAUGCAUUUUGCCAUUUAAUCAUAAUGAUAAGGAAAUUGGUGGUAUUGAUGCUCGUGUAUUAUUAAUUAAUACAAAUCAUAAUUUUUUGGUUUCAAAACUUAUAAACAUGAUUAUGAAUAUUUUAAAUGAGAAAGAAAUUUUUGAUUCAAGUCAAGUUAUUGAUAAUAUCAUUAAACGAUCUUUAACUAAUUUAACCAUUAUUAAUUGUUAUUCAAGUUUGCAUUAUUUAUUAACAUUAAAAACAUUAGACAUUGUUAUAAGUAGUAAGAAAAUUAGUCUUGUAACGAUAGAUACUAUAGAUGCAUAUUAUUGGGAAGAUCGAAAGAGUGGUGGUCAAUGGACAAUGAAUAGUUACAUAAAAAAUCUUUUAAUGUCAGUACAAAAACAUACUUUUCAUUGGAACAAUGUUUUUAUAUAUACUCGGUUAAAUUUUUCUAAAAAUAAAAGUAAAGAUUCUAUCACUUGUGUUCGUCAACCGACUGAAAGUAGAAUAAAUUACAGAUUAAAACUUGAAUACUGUACUAAAAAAAAUAAACAUAUGUGUUCAAUUGAAUCUCAUGAAAGAACUUGUCUAAUCGAAAGUCCGAUUAACUCUAAUAAAAUGAAUUGUUGACACAAAUAAAACUCAAGAAUUCAUCGAAAAUAAAAAAAAAUAUUUUCGAAGCAUAUUGUGUAUGCGUAAAUCAUACAUACUAAUAUUGCUUUGAACUAUUCAACUUAUCCAAUUUAUGUACUUAGAUACGAAUAUGAUAUAAAAGAAAUAAAAUGUAAUCACUUUAGCUGUAUUUCAGUAAUUUAUUUAUAUAUUUUUUUCUAAAUAACUAUUCAUAGAUUCUCCGAUAAAUUGUAAAUUACGAAUAUAUUUUUGCAUUUAGAAAACUUAAAAUACCAUCGACCUUAUAUAAGAUAAACAACGUGACCCUUCAGAACAGAUUUUCUUGAUUCAAGAAUUUUUUUUUUUAAAUUAUCCUUUGCAUAAGGAUUCUUUGAAAGAACAAAAUCAAUACUUGAUUCAACAUUUUUAAAUAUAUCCAAGAAUUAUUUGACUUACAUAAGACAAAUAUUUUUUAUAUCAUGUACAUCCUUGA